AUGACGAAGGAAUAUCAAGAUCUUCAGCACCUGGACAAUGAGGAGAAUGACCAUCAUCAGCUCCGAAGAGGGUUACCUCCUUCUCAGCCUUUUUUGCAGCGGCUCUGCUCCGGACCCCGCCUCCUCCUGCUCUCCUUGAGUCUCAGCCUUCUGUUGCUGGUGGUUGUCUGUGUGAUUGGAUCCCAAAACUCCCAGCUGAAGGAGGAGUUGAAGGCCCUGAGUAAGACCUUCAGCAACUUCACAGUGAGCACUGAGGCUGAGGUCAAGGCCCUGAGCACCCAGGGAGGCAAUGUGGGAAGAAAGAUGAAGUUGCUGGAGUCCCAGCUGGAAAAACAACAGCAGGACCUGAGUGAAGAACACUCCAGCUUGCUGCUCCACGUGAAGCAGUUUGUAUCUGACUUGCGAAGCUUGAGCUGUCAGAUGGCUGUCCUCCAGGGCAAUGACUCUGUAAGGACCUGCUGCCCCAUUAACUGGGUGGAACAUGAAGGUAGUUGCUACUGGUUCUCCAGCUCUGGGAGGCCCUGGCCGGAGGCUGACAAGUACUGUGAGCUGGAGAACUCUCAUCUGGUGGUGAUCACCUCCUGGAACGAGCAGAAAUUUGUCCAGCACCACAUGGGCCCUUUGAACACCUGGAUGGGUCUAACAGAUCAAAAUGGCCCUUGGAGAUGGGUGGAUGGGACUGACUAUGAGACAGGCUUCAAGAACUGGAGACCAGAUCAGCCAGAUGACUGGUAUGGACAUGGGCUGGGAGGAGGCGAGGACUGUGCCCACUUCACCCCUGAUGGCCGUUGGAAUGAUGACUUCUGCCAGAGGCCCUACCGCUGGGUCUGUGAGACAGAGCUGGGCAAAACCAACUAG